AUGUACAUUAGUUGUUAUCUACAAGUUCUUUUAUGGAAUUUUUGUUUUAUUGUUCAAGGCCAAUUUUAUUUACCCGACGCAUGUUUUACAACAUUCAGUAAUGCAUCUUUAGUUCUCAAUCCUUCAGACAUAAAUACAAAUGUUUUUACUUGCCCGUCAUCCUGUUACACAAUACGCUAUCUAUCCAAUCAACAAGACUACCCGAUCUAUGGCAAUGAAACUUACUCCGGAAAUUCAUUGAUAUGCAAAGCGGCAUAUCAUGACGGUCGUAUUAUGCCGUGGAAUGGAACAUAUUCGACAGUAUCCGUUCAAAAUAAUCUAGUACAAUCGUCUACAUUUAGCAAUAGUUUAAGAAACGGGAUCCUUUCAGGCAAAUCAUUUGGUACAAACUAUUAUGUGUACAGAUUUCUUAACAAUCGUGUUAAUGAAACUUCCAUACCUGAUAUAGCUAUUGAACAUCGACAGUAUCUGUAUUCUCAAGAACAGCCUUCGAGCAUAACAUGUCGAAGCAAGACGGAUCUAUAUCCGAUUCGUCCGGUUGAAAUCGAUCAAGGAUGGAAACAUUGGACGGGAAAUCGUUUAAAAUAUUUCACAUUUCCUCACAAUUACACACGCGAACAAUCGUUAGCGUUUUGUUCGAACAAUAAUGCAACACUAAUGUAUUGGGCAAAUUCAACAGAACAGACAAUACUCCAAAAUCUUCUUACGACAACAAUUUACGACUUAUUUCGAUAUCAACGGCGAAUCAUGGGUUCAAAUCUCCUAACAUUUUUCAUUGGUUUGAAACAAAUCAAUCAAAUUAAACAAUGGGAAUCAAAUGCUAUUCCGUUUAAUCAAUCCCUACAACUAAAUCUGAGUUCAAUAACAAUAGAUGGAGAUUAUUGUACUGUAAUUCAAUCGAAUGGUGUUGAUCCUCAGUCAAUACAAAUAUUAAGUGUUCGUUGCAAUGAUACAACUAUCAUGGGAUAUCCACUUUGUCGACUUUUGCCAUCGAUUAACACUAAAACAAGUGAUUUUAUUUAUCGACUUGAAACAGACACAUCAUCAAAAGACCUAAGUGGUGUCAUUGACUUUUGUGCUGAAUUAGGUGGUUAUCCAAUAUACGCGAAUAAUGCUUACGAAUGGCAAUUAGUUCAAGAAAUCAUGCUAGGAGAUUCAAGUUUUAUUGGUACUUAUGCCUAUACCGGCUUAAUAUCACCAACAAAGCAAGUGACUAAUGCAUAUUGGAUGCCAAUGAAUACUUCAUACAAUAGUACGUUGGACUAUGUUUGGUUUGCGUCAUUUCGUGGCACGGACCGAACAGGAUAUCAUCUAUCAAGAGCGAGUGAUGAAUCUUACUAUGGUCUUUACGAUAUCAAUCCAUUUACAGUUUUAAGCACACUUCGGUUUUGUCGGAAAGGUGAUAUUCGCUCAUUGAUAGCAGACUCGCCGUGUGAUUAUAAAGCAUGUGUGUCCAAGUGUCAGAAUAUAAGUCUGCCGAAUCACAGUGAUGAUGCUCGAUUUGGUCUUUAUGCGUGUAUACCACAAAAUAGCUUAGUUGGCAUUGUUUAUACGCAGUCGUUUCCAGUUCAAGGCGAUUUCAUACGACCAAAUCUUCCGAUGGAUUAUAGUGUUGCUCUUCGUCGUCCUUUUAAUCAAUCAGUAGCAUUAAGUUUCACACUAGCAAAUACAAGUCUUAGUUCGUCUUGCUUUGAAUACAUGAAUUUCGAUCGGACAUUAUACGAAACGAUUGCAUUGUCAUGUAGUUUAUCUAAUACAAAUAAUCUAACAAUGAAUGGCAUUAAUCUCAGACAAAAUCUCAAUACUUUAGUUACUGUAGCAUUUAACGAUAGACGAAUGUCAGGACAUCACACCAGAUUUAUUGAUUAUCAGCUUUAUGAUAAUCGAUGUCGCUCACAAGGAAUAUAUCAUCCGUAUGUUAACCAGUGUAUCUGCGCACCAGGAUUCUAUGGAGAUCAAUGUCAGUAUAAUUGUCCAGCAGGUUAUUAUGGUCAAACAUGUGAUUUCAAUUGUAAAGGUGAUGAUGAUUAUUGUAAAGGACUAUCGAUUUGUUUACCUGAUCCAUACGGAUGCUCAUGUUAUACGGGGUGGUAUGGAACGUAUUGUAAUAUAAGUUGUCCAAGUAAUCUAUAUGGACCUGGUUGUUCGUAUCAAUGUUCAUGUUCAAAUUGUGAUCGAUUUACUGGUCAAUGUAAUUGUACUGGCACCGAAUGUUAUCAAGGUAAAUACCUGCUCAAUCUAAUUCUAGACUACAAUUGCAUUAGAAUAGAGUUAUGCUAA